AUGAGGGAGACCCGGCUUGACGACCGCGGGAGCGAAUGCGACCGAAGACUUGAUAAGAACUUCACUGACGUGAACGCAGUUACUAAGCCGCCGGCAGGAGCACUCAAAGUCGGCCAAAACGCUGGAACAUGUGAUGCCAGUGCUCGGGAGCGCCAAGUUUCCAGCUGUGCACAGAUCCAGGUCAGAAGAGACAACCCCUUCGAGACAACCCCUUCGAGUGUAACUCAUAAAGUCGUCUUGUGUGACGAGAGUGAAAAGCCAGAGCAUCUGUGGGAAUUUCUUGAAUACCACAUUGUGCCAGGCGACAAGACAGUCAUUUUCUUGUGUAAAAGUGACAGGGUGGAAAGCCUGACGGGUGAUUUGACUCUGGGUGGCUUUAAAUGCGACUGCAUCCACGAAUGCUUGGAGGCUUCUGACCGGCAGCGAGCACUCGAUGACUUUCGGAGCGGCAAAGUGUCAAUCUUGAUCGCCACCGACCUUGAAUCUCGGGCGUUGGACGUCGAAUAUCUGACGCAUGUCUUCAACUACGACUAUCCUUUAAACAUAGGAAAGUACCUGUAUCGAGUACAGCGCGCAGGUCGCGCUGGGCGUGGCGGUUUCUCCGUUACGCUCGUAACCCGUCAGGAGCGAAUGCAGGCUCGUGAUCUGAUUGACGUUUUGGAAGAGGCCAACCAAUAUGUCACCCAGGCUAUACAUAUUGGCGUACAUAUGGCUAUACCAUGGCGUACAUAUUGUCCAACCAAUAUGUACGCCAUGGCUGACCAUUUCGAUGCCUGGAAAAAGCGGUGUGCCAAGGAGACUUCCACAGACUGCCGCCGAAAGGACUCCAGCGAUGAUGACCAGUGUCGAGAAUGA